CAAAGUGUACUUUGAUUUUUCAAACAAAACUCUUAUUUUAGCCUCAUUAUAACAUACAAAAAAGAAAAGCCUAAAAUAUUUAAAUAUGAUUUAAAAUUUCUUGUAUUUAUUGAAUUGCUUAAGACUUAAACUGAUUGACCGUCUUAGGGAUUACUGAUUUAAUCAAUUCGUGGAACCAUUCAGUUCACGUGCGGAAAUGGAAAUGGAGUGUGAGAAUUGCGAUGAUUCUGGCAAUACUAUUGACCACAAGCCAAUAGCCGAGACAACAUUGCAAAUGGAACUCGACGAACUCGUGUCGUCAAGCAGUGCCGAUGAUGCCAUGCCACCAGGCAUCAUUAUUGUCGAGACCUGCAUCAAUUCGAAGGAGCUGCAAUUGCCCAUUGCAGCAGCAGCAGCAGCAGCAACAACAAUGACAGCGGCAACAGCAGCAGCAAUUGAUAAGGACAAAGAUGUUGCAAGUGUUGCAACUGUGACAGAGAUAUCUGAACAGCAGCAGCCAGCAUGCUCGAUUUGCUUGGGCCUAAAGCCAAAUGUGCAAUUUCAAAUACUACAACACGAUGGCGAGAGGUACGAGCAUCCUCUGGCCAGCACUGAGGCUGCUUUGGCGGCGGCAACAUGUUCCGCUUAUGCCACAUCUAAGUCAACAACACCAACAACAACAACAACCACAAAGGAUUCAAUUUCCACAUUGCGCUAUUGUGUUGACGGGACCACACAGUGUAAUAACCUUAACCUGGACUAUGAGUCGCCAGCCUCUAGUGAUUCAACGCCAUCGAUUGGUUCCCUUGUCUGUCGCAUUUGCCACAACGCCGAUAAUCCGGAACAGCUUGUGUCGCCCUGUUUGUGCAAAGGAUCGCUGACUUAUGUUCAUGUGCACUGCCUGGAGCGUUGGAUUAGCACCUCGCGUUGUACCACCUGUGAGCUGUGCCAGUUUAAGUACAACACGGAGCAAACAUUGCGCUACUCGUGCCUACAGUCCUUGCGUCUGUGGUAUUCCCGUGCUAUGAGCCGACGAGCCUUGCAAGAGGAUUGCCAGAUGUUCUCACUGCUGACUCUGGUGGCCUUUGGCAUUAUUGGCACUUUGCUGGUAGGCAUUCAAUAUUAUUCAUUGCACACUCAAUCUUGGGGCCUCAGUAAACUGUGGACCAAGUCGUGGAUGUUGUUUUUUCUGUUUAUGACGAUUACAGUUUACUUUGCCAAUGUUUAUAUGCUAAUCAAAUCACAAUUAACGCCCUGGUAUCGCUGGUGGCAAUCUGCAAGGGAUAUCAAAUUGAUUCUCGAAAAUCGACGACCUUUUCCAAAUCCCAGUCGUUUGCAGACUCUAAACCCGGAGACUAACUCCAUUUCUGCCUCCAUGUUCACACAUCAUGAUCAGCAGGAAAUUACUGCAACAGUCGAAAGUGAUAGACAAAGGCCAACUCCAAUUCCACUUUCGGUUACUUCAGUUGCUAUUCCUGCUCCAGUUACAAUUCAUUGCAAGACACUACAAAUUAGCCAGUCCAGUGAAGAUGAGACAGCGGAGGAAAAGAUCAAUCAGAUGUGGGGUACUCGAAUGGAGAACGAUGAUCUGGCUGCUGUGAUAAUCGCCACAGUGGAAUCAAUUGCUGACGCAAGUGCCAGAGAAAGUGACAGGAAAUCAGAGCAACAGCAGCAGCAGGAUACCAAUCAAUAAGGCCGCCAUUUAUUACUAAGCACUAACCCACUUCUUUCACUCGUUCACCUCCACCUCCCACCGCCCAUUUGGUUCUCGCCGGACCAUUCUGGCCAAGUGUAAUUAAGGCUCAAGGGCAAGGAUUUUUGCUAGUCGGCUUUUGUUGGUUGUUUGCGUGUGUCAUUUGUUUAAUGUAGUUUCAAUGCUUUUAAUGAACUUUCCCUUCCAUGAA